GUACAAUUGGUUUGGUGCCUUGGUCGUUGAAUAAUUAAUGGACACAAUAAAAGAAAAAGAGGAUAAUAUCUGUGUGUCCUUGAAUUGCAACGUUUACACACAUAGAGGAUAAUUACAUUUUUGUCCGUUUACUUGGUCCAUAUUAUGUAAGCAACUUUUUCUACUUCACUAUUACCACUUUCAAUCAAAAAAAAAAAAAACUCUACAAAUUUUUCAAUCUUUCCGAUCUGCUUGUUUGCCUUGUGUUCUGUUUUUGAACUUGAAGGAUGGCUGAACAAAUUUUAUACGGUGUUGCUGAAAGCAUCAUUAAAAGUUUGGCUUCUGCUGCCUUACGUGAAUUUGCACGGAUUAAUGGUGUCAUAGAUGAAUUGGAAAGGCUUAAGAACACAGUUGAAUCUAUUAGAGCUGUGUUACUUGAUGCUGAGGAGAAACAAGAGCAAAGUCAUGCCGUCCAAAACUGGGUAAGAAGGCUCAAAGAUGUGCUUAUUCCUGCAGAUGACUUGCUAGAUGAAUUUCUUAUUCAAGAUAUGAUACAAAAAAGAGAUGAACCUCAUCAAAACAAAGUAAAAAAGGUACUCAAUCCAUUCUCUCCAAACAAAUUUGCUUUCCGCCAUAACAUGGCUAAUGAGAUUGAGAAAAUACAAAAAAUGUUUGAUGAUGUGGUGAAAGAUAUGUCUGUGUUGAAUCUAAACUCCAAUGUUGUGGUUGUUGAGAAACCUAACAAUGAAUGGAGGGAAACCAGUUCUUAUGUGUUGGAAUCAAAUAUCAUUGGAAGAGAUGAUGACAAAGAGAAGAUUGUAAACUUUUUGAGACAAUCCCAUGGAGAUCAGAAUGUUUCUUUGGUGGCUAUCGUUGGGAUGGGUGGUUUGGGAAAGACAACUCUUGCUCAGUUGGUAUAUAGUGACGACGAAGUUCAAAAUUUGUUUGAUAAGAGUAUGUGGGUAUGUGUCUCUGAUAACUUUGAUGUCAAAACUAUUUUGAAGAACAUGUUGAAGUCAUUAUUACCUAAGGAAAAAAUUGAUGAUACAUUAUCAUUGGACAACUUGCAAAGUAUGCUUCGUGACAAUUUAAAUAGUAAGAGAUACUUGUUAGUCCUAGAUGACAUUUGGAAUGAGAGUUCUGAAAAGUGGGAUAAAUUGAGGACUUACUUGCUGUGUGGUGCUCGGGGUAGUAAGGUUGUAGUGACAACUCGAAGUACAAUAGUGGCACAGAGAAUGGGUGUAAAGGACCCAUAUGUUUUGAGUGGUUUGAUUCCAGAAAAAUCUUGGAGUUUAUUAAAGAAGAUUGCAUUUGGGGAUGACACCAUUCGAGUGGAUCAAAAUAUUGAAUCAAUUGGUAAGAAGAUAGCAGAAAAGUGCAACGGAGUUCCAUUAGCAAUUAGAUCGUUGGGAAGCAUAUUACAGGGUAAAAGUGAAGAAAAGGAAUGGAAUGAUGUCUUACGAGGUGAUUUUUGGAAAUUGUGUGAGGAUAAAGAUAGCAUCUUGCCAGUUCUAAAAUUGAGUUACAAUAACUUAUCGCCUCAACAAAGACAAUGUUUUGCUUAUUGCUCUUUGUUUCCUAAGGAUUGGGAAUUCAAGAAGGCUGAGUUGGUUCAAAUGUGGAUGGCACAUGGUUAUCUUGAUUGUCCAAUGGAAGGGAAAUGCAUUGAAGAUGUUGGUAAUCAAUUCGUUAAUAUUUUUUUGAUGAAAUCAUUCUUCCAAGAACCAAAAUGGAAUGAAGAUGGUGAUUUAUUUGGUUUUAAAAUGCACGAUUUAAUGCAUGAUCUUGCAAAACAAGUAGCUGGUGAUGAUUGUUGUUACUUGGAUAAUAACGCAAAAGGUUUUCGAGGAAGACCUGUCCAUGUAUGGGUUGAAUUUGACGCAUUUUAUUUGCUGGAAUCUUUGGAUGCUAGUAGGCUGCGAACUUUGAUUGUGCUUUCUUUUAAUGAUGAUGAUUUAUUGGAUAGAGAGAAACAAUCACUUAUUUUAAGGUUCAAAUACUUGCGUGUCUUGAAGUUGUGCGAUGAUUUUCAUUUUGACCUAUAUGUUUCAAUUGAAAAAUUGAAUCAUUUAAGAUUUCUUAAAUUCCCUUUGACUGCUUGUACACUAAAAAAGUUUCACAAGUCCAUAGAAAAUCUUGUUUGUUUACAAACCAUACAAGUGAGAUUGGAUGAUAAGGUUGUACUUUCUACAAAAGUUGUCUCAAAAUUAAUCAACUUGAGAUACCUUUAUAUUAAUGAAUGGACCUUCAGAGACAAGACACCAGUUGGAUUUGGAAAAUUGUGCAUACCACAACAUGGGGGUGUAAAUUUUUCCAAAUGGCUUUCUCCUCUCGCAAAUAUUAUUGAAAUAUAUCUUGGUUUUUGUCAAGGUUUCAAAUAUCUCCCACCUUUGGAAGGUCUUCCUUUCCUCAAGUCACUUGACUUAGGUGGCCUUUAUGACUUGGAGUACAUAUAUUACGAAUUGCCUAUCCAUGAGCCAUUCUUCCCAUCUUUGAAGAGACUACAUAUUCUGUUCUGUCCCAAACUGGUGGGAUGGAAGAGGAAGGGAGAUGAUUUCAAUAAUAUUAACACUUCACUGCCUCAAUUUCCUUGUCUAUCUUUUUUGACAAUUUAUCAGUGCCUAAUGUUGACUCACAUGCCUACUUGUCCAAACAUUAAGAAAUUAUCAUUGAAAGUGCUUCCUACAUGGGAAGAAACGCCAAAUAUAGCA